AUGGCUAGAGAUACCUACAAUCUUGUUCAGUCCCGCUAUGGUGAUAUUGCCAAAUACAGUCUCAAUACUCAGCAGAGUAAAGUUGAAGAUAAUAUCGCCAGAGCGUUCGGCUACACUGCAGAGGACCUUAAGGUGCUACCAGAGAAGGCUAAUCUCGCCUUAAGCUGUGGAAAUCCCGUCGGUUUCGCAAACUUGAAAGAGGUUUGGCUUUCCAGCCUGGUGCCCCGACGCCAUAAACUAAGUCCUAACCUUCUAAUGAUCGAGCUCGCCAAGAAGAAUAUUCAAAAGGCAGGCUUGUCCAAUGCAAGGGUCAUCGAAGCCAAUAUCAACUGCAUACCGCUGCCUGACUCCAGCGUUGACUGCAUUAUUAGUAACUGUGUUAUCAACCUGGUGCCGGCUGCAGACAAAGAGCGCGUUUUUAAAGAGAUCGCUCGACUACUGAAGCCCGGUGGAAGAGUAGCGAUCAGUGAUAUCUUGGCUAGGCAACCGCUCCCGAAUACCAUCACCCAAAGCAUGGCGCUUUAUGUUGGGUGUGUCGCUGGUGCUAGUCAGAUCGGAACGUAUGAUGAAUAUCUCAGACAGGCCGGAUUCGAAGGCGUGUUUAUUGUGGAUACCAAGUCGGACCUUAACCUCUAUAAGCAGUCUUCAUAUUUACACCAGAGCUCGUGCUGCAGCGGUGCAUGCGGCUUUGAUACUACGAGUGCGAUAGAGGAGUUGGAUUUCAAUGAGUGGGUUGGUCAGUUAUUGCCUUCCAUCCCGGGGUAA